AGCCAGGUGUCGUCUCUGCAAGGAAAUCCGUUGUUUCCGGUUGCAUUGCAGAAAAAACGACAGAAGAGUUGUACUAUCGCUUUUAGUGCAGACGAUAAUGAGAAGUCAUGCGGCAAGAGUUCUUUCACAGGAGCAGGCAGUGAAACUGACGAUCAAGCGAGUAAAAAGUUCGCCAAUGACAGAAGCAAAGUUUUUGCCCGGACCAAUACCACGGCAGUUUUGACUUCGAGCUUUUCACUGCGAAAGCAAUUGUCUUUCAGCACUCGGAACCGCAGCAGCAGGACGCAGACGCAGCAGUCUACGAUUUUUGACGACGAGGAAGACCGCGACGACGUACUGCAAAUCCUGUACCGCGAGGACCUUGAAGUAGAGGGUGAAAAAGGUGUGGAGGCCACACCGGAAGUCAUGAUGACAAAAGCCCACAGCGAGAAGACGCAGCGGAGGCCGUCAUCGGUCCCGCCUAUGGCGAGAGCAUUCACAGCCCGAAGUCACACGUGCGACCUAGCUGGAGAACUGCAGGACGAUAGGCACGACUUUUCCCCUCUUCUCCCGUUAACAAAAAGCAGGAGCAGCAUUAUGCGGGGCGGAAAACAAGGAAGCAAACCAGGAACAGCUGACAGCGUGACUUCUAAGUCUGUAAGUUUGUCCGCGACUACUACACCGCUGAACCGCCAUCGCCGACAAAACCAGGUGCGCCAGAAGAUCACUUUCAAAAAAAACAUCUCGCCGCGCGCAAACGCCCGCAGCCGGGCGGAGGGAACGAGGGACUCCUACGUCGCGCGAGAUACCAGUGACUCUCUUCCCCUGACGGAAAAGGACAUCUAUGCCUGUCUGCGCUGUGUGUCCCAGACCUACUUCGCCGUCCCCGAAUGCAUCCAGUCCCAGUCCUUCGACCGGUUCCAGCGAAACCGGUCCGCACUCCGGUUUUUUGAGCUCCGGUUCUCCAGCAUCAAGCAGGC